UUCUUCAAAGAGCACUGCCAAUUGGAGAACAACUACGUAUUAGAGGGAUCUCCAACGCAGAAAAUUAUCAAAACAACCGCGCUAUUAAGAUCAAAACACUGGAGAUGUCUGCCUCCCGUUAGACUUGGAGCAGGAACCAUCUUCCCAUGGAUCAUGUGGGCGAUCUGGAUCUCCAUAAACUACUUGAUUUUUGAGAAGAGGAUCUUCACGGCGGAGGAGACAAUCACAAAAGCCCUCCAGGACGCCAGAGAAUGGCAGCUAGCCCAGGGAAAGGAGGAAAUCAGAUCAGAUCCAACAAGACAACUCAUCGCUUCACCUCCUAUCUCGGAUGAGCUUACGUGUAAUACCGAUGCAGCGUGGAGGGCAGAUCGACAAGUUGCAGGGCUUGGCUGGAUUUUCAGAAUCCAUGAGGACACGGUCAUAUCACAGGAUUCUCAGGCCAUCGAUUCAGUGGCCUCCCCUUUAAUGGCGGAAGCAUUGGCAAUCUUCUACGCUUUGCAGAAAGCUUCACAAGAAGGUUGGAAAAAACUCAAAGUGUUAUCUGACUCUCAGAUCCUAAUCGGAGCAAUCAACUCCAACAUGCAUCAGAAGGAGAUUUACGGAGUGGUGUUCGACAUUAAACAUCUCUCAGCCUUUUUCGAAUGCAUCUCUUUCCAAUUUGUUGCAAGAACAUCAAAUGUUUCGGCUGACGUUUUAGCUAAACGGGCCUUACAAAACUAUUGUACCAGUUUGAACCCAGCCCAC